CGAUUGUUUUGCUCCAAAUGUCUACACAUAUUGUACUAGAAAAAUUCGAUUUGUUCUAAAACGUGUGAAUUCGGAGUAAAAGCAUCUACGGAGUGUUCUGUGGUAAUAACGACUAUGGACGACCUUCCCUUAUCGGUGUCGAAGCCCUCGGACAUAAAAGCAGAAAAAUUCUGUUAGUCAAACAAUCAAUCGCUAACAACAGACCCAGAGACAUGGGUACCACAAGUCUAGUGCUCCAGUUAAUGCUGUGUUCCCUGGCGCUCGUCAGCGACAGCGCCAGCUCCAGCGUCAGCCUUGGCCUUCAACCCAUACCCAUGGCCACAGAGAAUUAUGUGGCCGCAUCGAGACUGCGUCGCUUAGCGGUAGAGUUUUUUGACUACUAUCAGAAUAUUACUCUGGCGGACAUGGCGUUGGAUAUGAAUCGGGAUCAGCAUGCGCUUCCUUCCGCGCUGGAUCUAGAAUGCCUGGCGGACUUGGCACUACUAACACAGGAUCUGGAAUCAGCAGAAAUCUGGGCCCUCAGAAUGAUUGACUCGUGGGGCUCGUUGCCUUCAGGAAUCCUCUACGGAAACUUGAGAGAUCUUGGAAACUACGACGAGUGUCUCAACAUUGAUCACGUUGUCACCACAAGUCACAGCGUCCAGGGAAAGUACUGCUUUGCCAAGGUCUCGCUCGCCCCGAGCUUAUCUUCGCGACUCAGCAUAAAGACAGCGGUCUGCUUUCCUGCAUCCUGCUCAACUGCUCUCAUGGACACGAUGCUGCGACGGCUGUUCGAGAAGUUGCUCAACGUGGAAAUUGAUACGGACAUGCAGUUGGUGAAUGAGAACACGUGCAAGACUGCCCAGAAGGAGCCCUAUGAUGGCCUCACCAUAUUCACCAUAGUCGUGUUGUCGGUGUUGUGUGCUCUGAUGGUCCUGUCCACGUUGUAUGACUAUUUCUUCGUUAAGGAUCAGAAAAAACUUUCCCCGCUGGUCAAGGCCUUCUCAGCGCGUGCGAACUCGCGUGUACUCUUCCGGAUUAUAGACACCAGAUCGAACCCCAAUAUUAUUGACUGUCUUCACGGAAUGCGCUGCCUGUCCUUCAUCUGGGUGGUCUACGGACAUGACUAUGUGGUGGCUGCUAUGGGGCCCAAUUUGAACUUUAUCCAAGCAUUUACGUGGACCCAGUCUGCCUACAGCAUGCUGAUACAGCAUGCGCUUUACUCGGUGGAUACCUUCUUCUUCUUGAGCGGACUGUUGCUCGUGGUAAUCGCUCUGCGCACAAUGGAAAGAACAAAGGGAAAGCUCAACAUACCCAUGAUGUAUUUGCAUCGCUAUCUGCGACUUACACCCGUUCUUGCCUUGGCCAUUAUCAUAUACAUGAAGAUCUUGCCCAUUGUAGCUGACGGACCGCUUUACGGUUCAGUUACUUUCGACAAUUAUACCGUCUGCGAGGAGACCUGGUACUGGUCACUCUUGUAUGUUCAGAACUACGUCACGGACAAAAUGUGCUUGGGUCAUUCCUGGUAUUUGGCUGUGGACAUGCAGCUCUACAUUAUUUCACCUCUCCUGCUGAUUGCAUUGUACAAGUGGGGAAGAAAGGGAGCGGCAGCCAUUUUUGUUUUAAUGCUGCUACUGGCUUCGGGCCUCUUCGUCACAAUGGUGAUUGGCAAGCACUCCAUUUUUUACCAAACCAACGAUGCCAUGCAAAAGAUCUACUUCUCCACGCACACACGGGCCUCGCCCUAUCUUAUCGGUAUCCUCUUCGGUUACUUCGUGCACAUGAACCGGGGCAAGUCUGUGAAGCUGAACCGCAUUGUUGUCUUCCUGGGCUGGAUGGGAAGCCUGGCCCUGCUCUUCACCUGCAUUUUUGCGUUGUAUGGGUACCACAACAACAACGAAUCACCGCCUAUAUUGAAUGAGGCCUUCUACCUGACACUCACACGCAUUGCGUGGCCCCUGGGGCUGUGCUGGGUAGUGUUCGCCUGCAUGCACGGCUAUGGCGGCCUGGCCAACAGCUUCCUCUCGUCGCCACUGUGGCAGCCCCUUUCGAGGCUUUCCUAUUCUGCCUACAUCUUUCACAUGUUCAUCGAAAGCCUCAACGGCGGCAUUACGCGCACCAACACCUUCUUCAGUGACUACGAAGUGAUGCUUCGCUUCUGGGGCGACUUUGGUUUCACUCUGUUGCUCGCCUUCUUCAUGUACAUCCUUAUCGAAGCACCCUUCGGUAAUCUGGAAAGCCUAUUGCUGCCCACUCACAGGACCAAGGAAAAGCCCGUCCUCGUCACGCAACACAAGACUGGUGAGGCCAUCGAAGCACCACCUGCACCUGUUCCUACUCUUAUGACGAAGUCACCCCUGCCUGAAGUAAGAAGCAAAGAGGCUGCGCACACGAACAAUUAGGUUUUAAUUUUAGAUUUCCGUAUUUAUGAUAGUUCUAGAAUUUUGUUCAUUUCUAUAAGUAAAUUAAAUAAAAU